UGAUCCCGCCCCUGUUCUUCAGGUGAGGUCAACUGCAGUCAGAGGACAAGGGGGUGGGGAAAAACGAGUGACAGGUCUGGGAUUAAAAAAGGAAACGACCGGAAUCAUGGCCGAGAAGGAGAACGAGCUGUGUGAGAGUCUAAUUAUCUGGCUGCAGACAUUCAACACUGCUGCUCCUUGUCAAACGAUCCAGGAUCUGACCAAUGGUGUUGCCAUGGCACAGAUACUACAUGAGAUAGAUUACACUUGGUUUGAUGUGAGUUGGCUUUCACGCAUUAAAGAUGAUGUAGGAGACAAUAAAAGGAUUAAGAUUCAUAAUCUGAAGAAAAUUCUACAAGGCAUUGUUGAUUAUUACCGUGAGUUCCUAGACCAGCAUAUUUUGGAAUUCCUCCUGCCAAAUCUAAAUCUAAUUGCAGACCAUUCAGAUGCAACGGAAAUGGGCAGAUUACUUCAGCUGAUAUUGGGAUGUGCUGUUAAUUGUGAAAAGAAACAAGAACACAUUCAGGUCAUUAUGACACUGGAAGAGUCAGUUCAGCAUGUUGUAAUGACUGCUAUUCAAGAGUUGAUGAGUAAGGAUACUUUGGACUCUCCUACCAGUGAUCUACCAGGAGACCUAGAAAGCCAGCUAAGGAGGACAAUUGAUGCACUGCAUGAAGCACAAGCAGAACAAGAAGAGCUAAAACAACGUUGUGAAGAGCUUGACUUACAGGUGGCUGCUCUGCAGGAUGAAAGAAACUGUUUAAUUGCUGAAACUGAACUUCAGAAUGAAAGACUUAACCAGCUGGAUACAUUUGAUGAGCCAAGUAUCAUGGUGUCAAAGAAAUAUUCUCAAAUGCAAAUGCAGUUGGAGCAGAUGAAAGAAGAUAACUACAGGCUUGAAGCUGCAAAAGAAGACUAUCGAAUUCACUGUGAGGAACUGGAAAAACAGUUGGUUGAAACGCAAAAUAGAAAUGUAGAACUGGCCAGCCUUGCUGAAGAAUCAAGGGCUUUGAAAGAUGAAAUAGAUAUUCUUAGAGCUACUGCAGAUAAAGCAUCAAAGCUAGAAUCAACAGUAGAGACUUACCGCAGGAAGCUGGAGGACCUUGCUGAUUUGCGCAGACAAGUGAAAUCUCUGGAGGAUACUAACUUAGUGUACAUGCACAAUACAGUGAGCUUGGAAGAAGAUUUGAAGAAGGCAAAUGCUGCUCGUGUGCAGUUAGAAAGUUACAAAAGGCAGGUUCAAGAGCUUCAUAACAAACUUUCUUUGGAGUCCAAACGAGCGGAUACAUUGGCCUAUGAAAUGAAAAGACUUCAAGAAAAGGAGGAUGCACUGUUAAAGGAAAAGGAGAGGCUUUUAGUUCAAUGCACUACUCUAAAGGAGACUAAUGAGGAGCUAAGGUGUUCGAUGAUACAGCAAGAUCAUCUCAAUCUGUCUGAUGGAGUGAAAAAUGUUGACAAUCUUGCUGCAGAACUUCUGCCUGCUGAAUACCGAGAAAUGUUUAUUAGGUUACAUCAUGAAAAUAAGAUGCUGCGCCUACAACAAGAGGGGUCAGAAAAUCAAAAAAUUACAGAUUUGCAGACCCAACUGGAAGAAAAACAGCGCAAGAUGAGUGAACUGGAAACGGAAAACAGAUUAAACACGGAGCGUGUAGAAGAGCUGCAGUUACAAGUUGGAGAUCUACAGAAGACCUUGCAGAAUGAAGGGACAGAGGCUGAAACAGUUGGUUCAAGCACAUUGAAAAAAACAAUUGAAGCUCAAAUGGAAAAACUGAAGGAGGUACAUGAAGCCAUUGAGACCAAAAGGGAACUUCUUGAGGAUCUGCAACCAGAUGUGAAUCAGAACACACAAAGGAUUGAAGAAUUAGAAGCAGCACUGCAAAAGAAAGAUGAAGACAUGAAAGCAAUGGAAGAUCGCUAUAAGGUUUAUUUGGAGAAAGCAAAGAAUGUGAUAAAAACUUUGGAUCCAAAAUUAAACCCAGCCUCAGCGGAAAUAAUGCUACUAAGAAAACAAUUAACAGAAAAAGACAAAAAAAUUGAAUUAUUAGAGAGUGAAUGCCAACAAGCAAAACUGAGAGAGUACGAGGAAAAACUAAUAGUUACCGCAUGGUAUAAUAAGAGUUUAGCACACCAGAAACUGGCGAUGGAGUCAAGGCUAUCAGGAAGAGGAGGAAUGGGAUCUGAGGCGACUACAUCUAGCAGGUCUUUCCUUGCCCAGCAACGCCAUGUAACCAAUGCCAGGAGAACUGUAGCUGUGACUGUACACCCUACUGCAUCUAACUAAAGGAAGGAAUACAUAUGUAUACACCAAAGUGCACUUACUAGUAUUUCUAGCUUCGCUUUCUUACCAGGCAAUAAAGGUGAUGCAGGACAUCAGCUAGGUAUUUUCACAUUCUGGGAACUUACUUGUUUUUUUCUAUUUUUGUCAUGUGAUGAAAUACACUAUUUUUAAGAAUCUACUGACAAAGUAACAGGAGGGAGUGUGUUAUUGAACAGUACUUUCAAUUGCUAAAGUAUAUUAAUAUGUUGAUGUGUGAAGAAAUUAGCUGAUGUGAGCUAUUUUUUGAUCUUACAAAUAUUUUGUAUGUAUUCUUUUUUUUGUUUAUGAAGCUACAAAAUAAGCUUUUUGUUCAUCAAAUUGUUAUAAAGCCUGUAUUUUGCUUAAAACCAAUGUAUUUACAUUACAUAGUGUUAGAAGACAAAGGGGAUGAUGCAUUUGGACCCCCCAAUGUCAUUUAUUCAGCCUAUUGAAAUACUGUGCAUUAAAGGUAUACAGUAACUUCUUCCAAAUGCAAUAACCCCUCAUCCUUUAUUACAAAAAAAAGAUUUUCUUUCUAAAACAUGCUUUCUAGCAUGUGACUCGCUCAGUGUUCAUGUUAUUUCCCCUUCCACACCCCCCAGGCUAGGGGAGUGGUCCUUGCUACACCUUCACUAAUAAAGAAUGUUUCUGUUAUAGGCAUUUAUCUAUUUUUUUUAGAUGUUUUAGAUAUUUAUCUUUCUUUACAAAGUUCAGUGGAGGAAAAUCUUUGUUGUACAUUUGGUGCCGGAUAUAGGGUGUGGAAUUCACUUUGAAACAUGCAGUGUAAACCUGAGUCCUUAUGUUUUUACAUAUGUAUAUGGGUUGGGGUGCAAAACCCCAUUGUGCAUGCACUCAUUAAGCCUGUGUUUCUAUAUCUUAAAAAAGUUUAAUACUAAUACUCCAGUCAGCAACCAGGUUGUUUAUAAAAAGUAAAGGGAAAAAGAAGCCAUGGUGUUAUUGAUCUAAACUGAGAUGGACAUGUGUCCUGGUUCUUAAUGGGGCAGCCUUACUGAUAGCCCUCACAUUCGUUAACUGCUGCGAUUCCGAGUGGUGAUCUGGGCACUGUUAGUAGUUUGCGGCCUCAUUUACAAAUACCACUGGUGCAAGGGUUCUAUGAAUGGGACCCCUUACUUGCUGUAUCUGGCAGCUUUUAGAUGUCAUAUUUUUUUGUCUUUUUUUUCAGUUAAAUAAUUCACUGUUUUUUCAUGUAAUUAGUAUAAUCCACACAUUUUUAGUGCUAAAAACCACAAUUUGUGAAAAAGAAAAAAAUAUGAACUUUAAUAAAUGGGCCCCAAGUGUUGGCAUGGGCAAACUGCAAAAAAAUGGUGGCAUGCACGCAUUUUUUUUUUUUAUUUGCCUGCACUUAAAUAAAAGUUUCUUCUCCCUGUGUGUGCAUGGAUUUCCUUAUACACUUUGAAAACAGAACAGGAAUAUUAAUUUGUGUCUGAUGAAAUUGACCCUUGUGUGUGUGUGUGAUAUUGAAUAGAGACUUUAGACUGCAAGCUCCACCAGGGCACAGAUACAUGUGAUUAAUACAUAAUCUUGGUACUAUCUAGAUUUACUAAUGAUAUAUGGGUUUACACAGCAAUCUGAUAUAAAUGUUUGUGUGUAUACAAGCCUUACAUAAAAGAGGAACAGAAAGCACACUGGUGGCCCAGCCUGAUGUUUCCUUGUAAUGAGCUAUGUCUUUCUAAAUACCUUCACUCACUGUGGAUACUGUUGAUUUUAUUGUUAUGUGGAAUGUACGUGUGUCAAUAUGUACACAAGAACAUGAGUAUACAUUUUGCACAUACCUGCUGCUUUAAUUGUUCAGCAACCUAAACUGAAAUACCCGUUUGCAAAUAUUAUGAUUUCUGUUCUGAAACCAUAGUACAGUUUAUUAAAGUGUUACUUUACCUUAUGUGACUGAUACACACAGUCUGACCAAUGCUUUAUAUUAGUGCUACAUGGGAAAUAAAAUCUUACUGCUCAGUCA